AGUCCUUUUCGCGCGUUGUCAUGGCGUCUUACUGUUAAGGAAAUAACUCUUUUACAGGAAUACUUGGAAGAAGAAAACGGCGUAAAUUACCUAUAACAGGAAACUCCUUUUUCACUAACUUGAAGCUGUUCUCUGUAGGGAAAAAUGAGCACUCAGUACAGUAUACUUUUCAAGCAAGAACAUGCUCAUGAUGACGCCAUCUGGACUGCAGCCUGGGGCAAAAGUGAGAAGGACAACUCUGAAACUAUUGUCACCGGUUCCCUGGAUGAUAUGGUCAAAAUCUGGAAAUGGUCCGAUGAGAAGCUGGAGCUGCAGUGGACCCUGGAAGGUCACCAGCUUGGGGUGGUGUCAGUGGACAUCAGCCACACCGGUGCCCUCGCUGCCUCCAGCUCCCUGGAUGCCCACAUUCGCCUGUGGGACCUGGAGACCGGAAAGCAGGUCAAGUCUAUGGACGCUGGCCCUGUCGACGCAUGGACCGUAGCCUUUUCUCCAGACUCCAGAUACAUUGCGACAGGAAGUCACCUGGGGAAGGUCAACAUCUUUGGAGUGGAGAGUGGGAAGAAGGAAUACUCGCUGGACACACGAGGAAAAUUCAUCCUGAGCAUCGCCUAUAGUCCCGAUGGAAAGUACUUGGCCAGUGGGGCCAUUGAUGGAAUCAUUAAUAUCUUCGACAUUGCGACAGGAAAGCUUCUCCACACGUUGGAAGGCCACGCCAUGCCCAUCAGGUCCUUGACGUUCUCACCCGACUCCCAGCUGCUGGUGACAGCCUCAGAUGAUGGCUACAUCAAGAUCUAUGAUGUGCAGCACGCCAACCUAGCCGGAACGCUGAGUGGCCAUGGAUCUUGGGUGCUGAAUGUCGCUUUCUCUCCAGACGACACGCACUUUGUGUCCAGUUCCUCAGACAAGAGCGUGAAGGUGUGGGACGUCAGCUCUAGGACCUGCGUGAACACGUUCUUCGACCAUCAAGACCAGGUAUGGAGUGUGAAGUACAAUGGGAAUGGCUCCAAGAUCAUCUCGGCAGGGGACGACCGCGCCAUCCAUAUCUACGACUGUCCUAUGUGACCUCGCACCCAGGGCCCCAUGCUCUCGCCAACAGCUCAGCAGUAAAGCGUGUCCAUGGACCGCCAGACCAUCACCAUCGUCUGAACUGCACAUCAUCUGCCGGACUGCUCUUGGAACGCCACCAGCGAACUGAUCUUUUUCAUACCUUGUCUGAAAACUGGUGCCAAAUCAGGACUUCAAACUCUGUAUAAUCACAUUAAAUCAAAUAAAUCAUUUGAUAUUUUUA